GUUUUAGUAGUGGUGCUGUUCUGAUAGUAACCGGCUGUGUCGUGACAACUAUGUCGACGGUAUUAUUAGCUGCCGUAGCUGUCAUCAUUUGUAUUCUAUUCCGAAUUUUAAAUGUAAACAGUGAACCUCACAAGCCUUCGGUAUGGUGCGGCGAUAAUAAAUUCCUCGACAAUAUCCAGAAAAUAGCACCUGUCCUUAACGAACAGUACAUUCCAACUCGACUUUGGGGUUUCAGCGGUCAUGUGCAGACAAUCCUUCAUAGUAUUAUAGGUAGAGUAAAAUGUCCUUGGCCUACAGGAGAAAGGGUAUUCCUCACACUGCAAGAUGGCACAACAUUGACCUACGAUAUGUAUCAACCAAUAGAUACUCACUUUCCAGAUGAUGUGAGCAUAGCAAUUUGUCCCGGAAUUUGUAAUACAUCUGAAAGUAUCUACGUACGCACAUUCGUACAUUGGGCACAGUAUCACGGCUACAGAUGCGUCGUGUUGAACCACGUCGGAGUACUGAAGAACGUUCCUGUUACUGGACCCAGAAUCUUUAAUUAUGGUGAUUCUGAAGAUUACCAAUCAAUGAUUAGAAACAUCGUAGUGCGGUAUCCAGAAACGAAAGUAGUCUGCGUAGGAUUCAGUUUAGGAGGUAAUCUGAUAACAAAAUAUUUGGGAGAGAACAAACCAAAACCGCCAAACGUCAUCGGAGGAAUAUCAAUUUGCCAAGGAUAUUGCGCCCUAGAAGGUACCAAACACAUGUUGAGCUGGCAAAACUUCAGAAGAUUCUACCUGUACGUUAUGACUGAAAACUUGAAGAACACCAUCUUAAGACAUCGCAAAAUGUUGCUUUCCGAGGAAUUGAAGAAACGCUUUAACUUGAACGAACACGAAAUCGUAUCUGCAGCUACAUUGCCAGAAUUAGACGAAGCGUAUGCCAGAAGAGUACAUCAAUUUAAAUCUAUAUCCGAAUACUACAACUGGAGCUCGAGUAAAAACUAUUUUGAGCAAAUCAAGGUUCCUAUGAUCUUUAUUAAUGCUAUGGAUGAUCCUAUUGUACCGCCUCCAUUAUUAGAUCCAGUUAAGAAAUUAGCAAUGGAAAAAGAGAAGACUGCAUACAUCGAGGUCUCCCACGGAGGUCACUUGGGCUUCUACGAAGGCGGCCUCAUCUAUCCGAAUCCAGUAACAUGGCUCGACAGAUCUCUGGUAGCUCUAGUCGGUUGUCUAACUCUCACAGCAGACGAACUGGCUAUGAAAUCGCGUGCAAUGUUAGAAAUAUGAUAAAUAUAACAAAUAUGUAACGAUAUUUGUGGCUUGCAUGCAACUAUUUGUCCUCAAGAUGAUGUUUGACAUCAGAGCUUUAACCAUUUUGACAGUUUAUACACUUAAUAUUAUUGUUUUAGUACGUGGGUCUAAAUCUGGACUUUUUACUGUUGACAUUGAGCACAAAAGUCCUUUUAAAAAACAGAUUGUACCAAAUGUAUAAUUUUUUUUAUUGUGCAUUGGUAGUAUGUUUGGAAAAGUGAUCAUCAACAUAAAUAUUUCUUGCGGUUAAUUCAAAACUAACAGUGAAAUCUGGUGAUAAAGAUAUCAAGACUCAAGACUACUCUUCUUAGUUAGUUUUGUCGUGUUGAUUUGUUAUUUUUGUAUGUUAUUAGUUGUUCCAGAUCUGUUAAUUUGUUAAUUGAGAAUAGUGUUCCUUAUUUUAAUUUCCUUUACAGAAAUGGGCAAGAGUAUAAUCAAGAAACAUAUUUUCAUUGAUUAAUAUAAAAGAAUAACUCAUGAGUGUAUCAUUAAAAUGAUUCUGCUUGCUUCGGUAAUAGCUUAUCUUCGUAUGUUAUAAAAAAUUACAGCGUAUAGAAUUAUUAUCAAAAACAAUGUUUCUUGAAUUGUAUAAGAAUACUUGUGGCUAAUAAACCGUAUCUAUG